CGUGAACGCCGACAGAAAUAUUCAACAAGCCUUGGUUCUCUGCUGGAAAAACCGCAAAAAAAUAAGUAUAAUACAAUUCGAUUCAUACAUUCUUGAUUUCGGAAUUAUCUCACUACAGACGAAAGACAUUGCUUAAAUUUAAGCAGCAAAUAAAAGAGAAAAAACUUUUCUUCCCUAACGUUUCAAAUAAAAAACCACAAAAAUAGCGGCUCAACACAAGUGGGUGGAUUAUUCCCAGGCCCAAAGUCUUUGCUGUUUCUUUGAGAAUCAAAAUACAAUGAACGAAGCAGCAUUAGCUGGAAUGCUUCCAUACGACUCUAUCGGUCUAUAUGAGCAGCCAAAACCACGAUUCAUCUUUAAGAUGCCCAGAGUGGUACCGGACCAGAAGUCCAAAUUCGAGAGUGAUGAGCUAUUUCGUCGCCUUAGCCGUGAAAGUGAGAUACGUUAUACGGGAUAUCGUGAACGAGCCUUAGAGGAGCGUCAAAUACGUUUUCAAAAUGGAUGCCGUGAGGGUCAUACCGAGAUAUCGUUUGUUGCUUCAGGCACAAAUUUACAAUUGGUCUUCAAUGCUACACAGAAUCCCUAUAUACAUGACAAAGAAUGCGAUUUCGACAAGGAACAUGGUAAGGUCUACAUCAAGUCGUAUUUCAUAAUGAAUGGCGUUUGUGUACGAUUCCGUGGAUGGUUGGAUUUGGAACGUCUCGAUGGAUCCGGUUGUUUGGAAUUUGACGAACGGCGAGCUAUGCAUGAAGAUGCUAUACUACGCGAUCAAAUCGACAGAUAUAAUCAACGUUUAAGGGAAUUUGAAGAUUCGAAAAGAGCCUAUAGAGAAAAUCGUCCCGAAGACUUGGAAGCCGUGCGACGUGGGGUAUCAUCUGGUGGCAUAGGCGUUGGAGCAGCUAGCAUGUGGCGACGUUAAAUGCUGUGAAAAAAAAUACUCAAUUAUUACCAUUCUCGUAUGAUAUUUCUAAUAGGUUAGUUUACAUUUAUAAUUAGUUCUAAUCUUGCCACUCCACACUUUGGUCACCCCAAAAAAUAAUGCAAUAUUUUAAAUGAUGAAAAUAUGAUUUUAAGUAUCUCACAUGUAGAUGUUGACUGAGCAAAAAAAUAAUCGGUAAACCAAUACGAUGUGGGUUUACGCCGAGGAAUUAGUAUUUAAGUUUUAAAUAAUAAACCAAAUAAAAUAAGCAUAAUUGCUAAUAUGGACGUA